AUGAACAACUCGGAAUACAGAUUCGAGGAAAACAAACGAAGGAAGGCUAAUCAGCGCGAACAGGACAGACGUCGCACCGAGGCCCUGAACCUUGCAUUCGCCCGCCUCCGUGCCUCUCUGCCCUCGGUCCCGCGUGAUACCAAGUUGUCGAAACUUCGCACACUUCGUUUCGCCAUCGCUUACAUCCAACACCUCCAAGCGGUGGCCCAGACUGAAGGCCACCAACACUAUCUCUAUGACUUUCCGAGUAGUUAUCAAAACCAUCAGGUUGACUAA